UUGCCUUGUUUGAGUGUGUCAUUGUAUGUGAUCGCUCUCUCCGUACCCAUUUUGGCUCAAGCACGCCCUUGCUCAGACCUCGUUAUUCGGUCGCUUUGCAGCUACAGCCAUGGCCGAGGAGCAGGUCCGCAUGCUUGCGGCAGCCGACGCGGGAGAUCCCGAGCUGCCGAUGCCAUCGGCGGGCGGCCAGCGCAAGCGCAUGCUUCCGAUCUACUCCGCCGUCUGCCUCUCGUGCUGCCUUCUCGCGUCCUUUGCGCUCGCCGGACUCAGGGCGCGCUCCCGCCCCAAGUUCGGGGGGCAUGUGGGGCUCGAGGCGACCGGAGACGCCGAUGACAUCUGGGCGGCGGUCUCGGGGUCGUCGAUGAUCGAGCAGCUCCAGGAGCAGAUCGACGCGGCUUCGGGCGACGCCAAGGCCGCCCUCGAGGAGAAGCAGACCAAGCUGAAGGAGGACAUCCCAGACUGGGAGGAGAUCACGUCUGCGUACAGCGGCACUGACGCGUGGGACGAUAUCAAGGACUCGGCCAAGGUGGAGGCUCUCCAGGAGGCGGUGGCUGAGGCGCAGGCUUCGGGCUCAGACAAGCUCGACGACCUGCAGGAGGAGCUCAAGAGGGCGAUGGAAGCGGUGCCGUCCAUCAACGACACCAAGGAGAAAGCCGCUGCGGUUUGGCAGGAGAAGGCAGAGCAGCUUCCAGAUCUCGACGACGUCAGGGCACAUGCGCAGCAGCUAGCGGACGACAUGCAAGAUAGUGUCAGUGGCAUGCUGGACUCCGCAUGGGGUUCGAUGAAAAAGUGGUGGUGAUGCGUGCAUGCGCCGACUUGCGCUGGGCUGGUAGUCGCCCUAGCUUAGGAUCUGCAGCAGUGCUUGGGCCUGGGUCCAGUGGCAUAAUAUAUUCCCGCCUCCUUUGUCCUCCCUCCGCAUGAGGCUGAAUGAAACAAGUAAGAUCCAAACCAGUUCCUGGAGGAUCCUCCUUCUCCUACUUGUCCUUCUCCUCCUCUCAACUCAUCGUCGCCUCUUCCUUCUCAUGAUCGUGCGCCUUCCUGCUUCCAUUCCAGGGCUGGCCAGCAAGUGCUGCCCAGCAAGUAUGUGAGGGACCGUGGGCUUCUAUUCCGAGUGUGGUCACAGCACAACUUUACCGUAUUCGCUGCGCCUCUCGCAAGUUUGACCGCAUUUGUCCAUAUUCGGGCGCAGCUCGCACGCGCACCUUCGCGGAGAGAGCGCUCGAGCUGCGCCUUUUCUGUAGCAGGCCCCUGGCUGGAGGCCCGGAGGCGCUGGGUUCCGUGGCGAGCCUGCUCCACUCCCCUCUCCCUCCCUCCCUCCCUAUCCCUCCCUUCCCCUUCCUACCUCCCAUGGUGCUUCGGCCAUGCUGUGAUGGCUUGCAGUGGUCAGAUAUCAUAGUGUGUCCGUCGCCUUUGCGUAAAAACAUGUAGGCGUAAAAGCAUGUACGUGAUCGCUCUCUGUUCGGCCCGCGUUUUUCAACGCUUCGGUGUGCCUCAUGUUCAUACCAUUGGUGGGUAACUAUUUCAGAGGACCUGUAAACUUGUCACGACCUGGG